AUGUACUGGGGAAUAACUCCUGCGUUGGAUUUCCAACAAGAGUACAUUAAAUACGGCGACGAAAACGCCUACGAACUAAACUUUCUGAUCGUCGGAGGAUGCGACGCGAGGCAUCUGAUCAAAACCUUAGCACAGGCGUAUCGUCACAAAAGGAGAUACAUGAACCUGUUCGUGGUCGAUGGCUGUCCCGAACUCAUAGCUCGACAAAUCUUACUGCUAUCGCUGGCACUGGAACGGACGACACGAUGCGGUCUGCUGGAGAAAACCAGGAGGUUCCUCGAAGUGUACGGGAACAUUCUUCUUCGACCGUCAACGUCCAGGUAUCUCACCGCAAAGGCACGGCAAUUGGUCAACAUGAUCACAAACCCAGAAUACAUGAGCUGUCUAAUACCGAGCGUCUCUAUUGACCAGAUGAAAUAUCGUGAAAGGGAUUAUAUGGAGAACCUCUUCAAUUUUUGGACAACCGGCAAUACCAAUCAGUUCAAUGCCUGUGAACUGUGGGAGCAUCGAAUACGGCACACGCUCGGAGUGAGAUACGACAAUAGAGCUGGAGUCUUCGACUGGGAUUAUCAUAUGCGUAUGAAGGAAGUCGCCAGCCAGAUAUGCUUCCAGGAGUACAAACAUUUCAGAGAACAUGGUCUGGCAUUUACGUGGUUGGAGACUGAAGUUUGUCGUCCAAACGUGAGUUUCGCUGCCGGCGUCUACAAGUGUGGUGAUAGGUACUUACAUAGGGGCUACCUCGGAGACAUGGUGACCUCGCCGUACAUAUCCUACGGCAUAGACUGUGAAGAUAAAGAUAUGCUGGUAUCAACACACGGCGUCAACUAUAAACGUGCUACAGACAUAUCUGAACGAAAUGUAAUGAGGAUGUUUUACGAAUUGGAAAAUCGCAAGUCCUUUGACGUGAAUAAGUUUAACUUAGAGCAACAGAAUUUGGGAAUGGUUACGAUAAGCCAACUCGACGCAAAGAUUUCCGAGAGCGUCACCGAAGCUCCGUUGAUCCUUCGAGAGGACCGAGAGACGUAUAUCGAAGUCGAUUAUGGAAAAGUCCAUUUUCUUUCUCUUUCCGCUUUAGACCAUUAUCCACACAAGCCACAUUUCCAAGGUCUUUUCCACGGUGUUUUUGUCGGGCACAACAUGUUGUCUAGGUUAAAGCCGAGUAUUUGGUCGAUGGCGCGCGAUGACGCGGUGGUCGUCAUGGAGUCACGAAAGUACAUGGUAGGGCUGAAAAGAGAGGAAGUGAAAGCGUACGGCGAGCUCAUCCAGCAGGCGGCUACAACGGCACAGUGUGACAAAAUAUUUGCCUUCAAUCCGGAAAAAGACGAUUUCGCCAAGUUCGUAAUUAGAAGAAAAAGUGAGAGCACUGACAUAUCCCUUUAA